GCAUGGGUAGCAAGAAGAUUAAUAUUUAACAAACCUGUAACUAAAAGCAAUAUCUAAAAAUUGGUUAAGGAGACAAGCCAUAUUAUAUCUUUUUCUAUCCCUCAAAUUUCGUUAUUCUAGCAUAUAUACAUUGCUUGAAAUAUAGAUGCGGGCGGCUUCAUCAACAAAGUACCAAAGUGAGCUCAAAGUUUCUUUGAUUCUAAUAUUUUUCUUCAUCUAUCUCCUCACCAUAACUGGUAACGUCCACUUCAGUACUAAAAAUCUCUACAUGCGAGCACGCAGUCGGGUUAGUUUCUGCUUGGAGAAGCAGGGAAUAUGAAGGAAGAGAGAGAAGUUCUGCCUAAACACUAAUUAAGCCACAUCAUCUUCAACAUCAAGAAGCUGAUGAUGACACCGGCUAUCUUCUCUCCUGGAAUGUAAAUAAAUGUUCGGGAUUAGCUCUUUCAGCCAUGAUCUUAGUAAUUUAGCCAUUUAUGGAUUCAUAUCAAUCCUGUUAUUUCCAAGAUAACGAAGAGAGAGCAUAUUUCCUUGUGUUCCAAGAAUCCACAACUUCAGCUUAAGAUAUGAAUAAAUAACCACUUCUCAAUCUCCCCGAUUUUAUCUCAAAGUCAAAAGUCCACCAUGAAAUCCCAUAAAUGAAGCACCUGCAAGUAACUGUACUUUUUAACCACCAUCACAGGAUUUCAAUCUAACGGCUGAAACCUUCUUUUCUGAAAACCCCUUCUUCAACGCAAGCAAGCAACUCAAUAAUAAAAGCUAAAACCUUUUUACGUUCUUCUUAACAUAACAAUAAUAAUGCUUCUAAGAAGCGCUUCUACACCUAUCUUGAAACCAUUAACCUUCCGUUCCUCCCCAGAACCUGAUCUGGGUGUUCGGAUCUGGACCGCCAGAUCCAUAUGCAUGUCCUUGUCAUCUCCCAUCAAGAAAAUUCCCAGGACCUUAUCAGAGGACGAUCUCAAGUGUCUUCAUUUCUCUAAGAAGAAAAUUUUGAUUAACAGACCGUUGACAUCACAAGGUUUGGUGGAAAGGGAAGACGAGCUAGAGGGAGAAGGGGAAAGAGGAACAACUUGCACGCAAAAGGAUACAUCAUCUUGUUUACAUGAUGGGGUGGCGUUAAACGAGGGCUGUGGCGGAGGUGGCUGUGGCAAUGGAGGAAUUUAUGGCGGUAACGACGGUUCUGGUGGUAGUGGAGGCAGCGACGGAGAGUCUGGUAAUAAUGGGAGUGAAAGUAUUGAAGGUUAUUAUCAAAGAAUGAUAAAAAAGUAUCCUGGAAACGCUCUUGUUCUUGCCAAUUAUGCCAAGUUCCUCAAGGAGGUGCAAGGUGAUUUUGUGAAAGCUGAAGAGUACUGUCAGAGAGCCAUUCUGGCGAAGCAAGAUGAACAGGAUGGAAAUGUGUUGUCUUUAUAUGGAGGUUUGAUAUGGAAGAAUCAUAAGGAUGCUCUUCGUGCUCAGAGUUAUUACGAUCAAGCUGUAAAAUCGGCUCCAGGCGACUGCCAUGUUCUUGCUUCUUAUGCUCAAUUUCUGUGGGAUGCUGCAGAUGAUGAUGAUGAUGAUGAAGACAACGACAUUGAAAAAUGCACUACAGAACCCCCAACAUUUUGCCUUCCAUAACAGAUGAAUCAAAUAUUGGUGAAGAGUUUUUGUGAUUGUAACUUGAUAAUAUUUCUUUAAUUCCUUUGUGAAUAGAUGAUGAUGAAUAACCUUUGAUGUAACAAUAACAAUAAUAAUAAUAAUAAUUCUUGACUGAUGUGUUA